CAACACUGCACAGCUAAACCAAUUCAAUUGCUUGUAAACAACAAAAAAAUAAGUUAGUUAUAGUUGUUGUUUUUUAUUAGUAAAUGGGCGGCAAAAGCUAUUAUUGUGAUUACUGCUGUUGCUAUAUGAAAAAUGACCUGAAUGUGCGCAAGCUGCACAAUGCGGGUGCUUCGCACACCGCUGCAAAGGGAACCUACAUGCGUCGCUUUGAGGAUCCGCGCAAAAUAUUGGCAGCGGAGCGCAGUAAACGGCCCUGCAAGCGCUUCUUUGCUGGCUAUUGUAGAUUUGAACAGCUCUGCAAUUUCCGACAUUACACGGAUAAGCAAAUGAAGCAGCUCGAGAAAAUAGUGAGUCAAUUAAAGAAGAAAGCCUCUAAGAAGCAAAGGAACCCACAGAAAACAAAACGCAAUUUGCCGCCCUCAUUGCAACCCCUAGACUUGGCGAAGCUUAAGCAAACAAAUUGGGACUUAAGUUGGGGCUAAAAAACAAAAAAACCCAUUUCAGUAAAAUGAACAAAUUUGUGCUAUUUGUAAUAAAUAAUUCGUUGAUUAGUAUAGGUUU